AUGGCCCCUUUUGAAGGUGUGCACGAAAAGCGCACUUGCGUGGUCUGCGAUGAGUUGAAACCGCUCAGCAAUUUUCCAACCCCUUUCGAGCUCUCUCCUCACGACCACCAGCAUGACAUCUGCCGUGAGUGCUUCAGCAACCAUCUCGAGGUAGAGGUCGACAACAAGACCUGGGACCAAAUCUCCUGUCCCCAGUGCCCCGUCAUCUUGCAGAGUGAAGAGAUCAAGAACCUCGCAUCUCCUGAGUCGUGGGCAAAGUAUGAGCACUUCUCCGCCAGAGCAGCUUUGUCCGAGAUGCCUGACUACAGAUUCUGCUUCUCGACAAGUUGCGACUCUGGCCAGAUCCACGAAGAAGGACUAGUCUUCUCGUGCAAGGCUUGUGGGCACAAGCACUGCACAGCCUGCGAGGUCAAUUGGCAUGAAGACGAGACGUGCGAGGAGUACCAAACUCGCAAUGCAGCACAGAAGCAACAAGAACAAGACUCGGAAGCUCAGGUUCACGCAAUCUCGAAAACCUGUCCCAACUGCGCAACCAAGAUCGAAAAGCGCGACGGGUGUGACCAUAUGACUUGCUCCCGCUGUCAUUACCAGUUCUGCUGGGCUUGUUUGGCAGACUUCAUGCCCAUCGCUCGUCAUGGCCUGCAUCGUCACGAAACAAGCUGUCGCAAUCACCGUCCGGAAGGACACCUGGGUACAGAAGAAGAAGACGAUGGUCUGAUGCCUUGGGCACAGAGGCCAGAUGCCGAAGAAAGACUGAACGCAGCUCUGCAGAUUUGGAUGGAUUUGAUGCAGAUACUUCAAGGGUUACCAGCACAACAGCCGCGGAAUUAA